UAGACGUCGCCAUUUAUAUUUUUGGAUUGGUCAAUUGACGUCACGUGGAAGUAAUUAUCGAUACCUCUCUAAAGUUUUCUUCAGAUGCGAUGGAUUAAUCAAAAGAAUAAUUCAAAAUGGACGUCGGGGAGCUACUUUCUUUUCAGCCAGAAAAACCACAGCCCACAGGAAAAGGCAAAAAGAGAUUCCAUGAUGAUGAUGCUUCAGAUCAAGUUACUGAUAAAAGAAAGAGAGGCCAAGUAUCAUUUUCUGAGGACUCCAAGAUCAGUGAGGAAGAGAGAGAGAAGAUUCUUCAGCUGGUAGAAACAGAGACCAGUGCAGAAACUCUGGAUGAAACCAGUCUCAAAAAGAUGCUCUUAAAUUUUGAAAAAAAAGUCUACAAAAACCAAGAGCAGAGAAUUAAAUACCCAGAUCUCCCUGAGAAGUUUAUGGAAUCAGAAAUCGAAUUAAACGAAAUCAUACAGGAAAUGCACGUGAUAGCCACUGUUCCUGAGCUGUAUCAUAUUCUGGUGGACCUGAACACUGUGCAAUCCUUACUUCAACUCCUCUCUCAUGAAAACACAGAUAUCUCAAUAGCAGUUGUGGAUUUGAUACAAGAAAUGACAGAUGUGGACACAUUGAAUGAAAAUGAUGAGGCAGCUACAGCAUUUACAGAUGUUAUGGUUGAUGGGCAGAUUGUAGCAAUACUGGUUCAGAAUAUGGAAAGGCUCGAUGAAAACAAUAAGGAGGAGGCAGAUGGUGUCCACAACACUUUAGCAAUAAUUGAGAAUUUACUGGAGUAUCGCCCUGAAAUGUCAUCAGAUGCAGCUCAGCAGGGGUUACUGCAGUGGUUACUGAGAAGAAUAAAGGCAAAAAUGCCAUUUGAUGCCAAUAAACUGUAUGCCAGUGAAAUUUUAGCCAUAUUAUUACAGAACAGUGAUGAUAACAGACUGCUUCUUGGAGAUUUAGAUGGAAUUGAUGUUUUAUUACAACAGUUAGCGGCAUACAAAAGACAUGACCCCAACACCAAGGAAGAAAUUGAGAUGAUGGAGAAUCUCUUCAACUCUUUGUGUUCAUGCUUAAUGCGCUCAGAAAAUCGCAGCAAGUUCCUUCGAGGGGAGGGGCUACAGCUGAUGAAUCUCAUGUUAAGGGAAAAGAAAAUGUCCAGAAACAGUGCAAUAAAAGUGUUGAACCAUGCCAUGACUGGUCAGGAAGGGUCAGACAACAGUCAGAAAUUUGUUGAUAUUCUUGGGCUCAGAACCAUAUUUCCUUUGUUCAUGAAAACACCAACUAAAGGAAGAGCAGGUCCAUCACCUGCAGAACUAGAAGAACAUAUCACCAAUAUCAUUGCCUCCUUGUUGAGGAAUUGUCAAGCCACACAACGACAGAGACUCAUCAGUAAAUUCACAGAAAACGAUCAUGAAAAGGUUGAACGGUUAUUAGAGUUGCAUUUCAAAUACCUGGACAAGGUGAGACUGAUAGACACGGAAAUAGAACAAGAGAAACAGCGCCUGAAGAGGAGGGGUGAAGACAUGGAUGAGGACCUGGAAGACGAGUUCUACAUCCGGCGACUGGACGCUGGACUGUUCACCCUCCAGCUGGUCGACUACGUGAUGCUGGAGAUUAGUGCCACAGGGGCCUCUACAAUAAAACAAAGAAUAAUGCAGAUUUUAAAUAUGAGGGGAGGAUCCGUCAAAUCCAUUAGGAGUAUCAUGAGGGAGUAUGCCGGUAAUAUUGGUGAUGCCAAAGACCCAGAGGCCAGAGAAAAAGAACAGGAUAGAAUAAUGCAGUUAGUGGACAAGUUUUUGUGAACAAAAUCAACACCUUCAGCAUUAAACUAAUUUUUACAAUGGGUUGACU